GAUGGUCUUAGCUGAAUUAUUUAAAGACCCUUAAGCACAGAUUCUCCCCCGGCAGCCAGACUGAAUUCUCCAUGGAGCCCCGGAUUCCUCACAACAUCACCGUGGUCCCCAACUCCGUGAUGGUGCAGCCCUUGCUGGACAGCAGGAUCCCCUACGGGCGGCUGCAGCACCCGCUCACCAUCCUGCCCAUCGACCAGAUGAAGACCACCCACAUGGAGAACGACUACACCGACAACCCCAGCGCCUCCCAGGCAGCCCAGAAACGACCCCGAGCCCCCCACGAACUGGGCUUGAGCGGGCAGCACCCGCAGCGCUGCGAGCAGGAUGUCACCCACCCCUGGAUCUCCUUCAGCGGCCGGCCCAGCUCCAUCAGCAGCAGCAGCAGCACAUCCUCGGACCAGAGGCUCCUGGACCACAUGGCCCCGGUGCCCGUGGCAGAGCAGUCGUCCCCGCGCGCCGUUCGCAUCCAGCCCAAGGCGAUCAACUGCAAACCCCUGGACACGAAGGGCCCCGUGGCUCAGGAGCUGGACAAACACUUCCUGCUGUGUGAGGCUUGUGGGAAGUGCAAGUGCAAGGAGUGUGCCCUGCCCAGGACUCUGCCAUCCUGCUGGGUGUGCAACCAGGAGUGUCUGUGCUCGGCGCAGAACCUGGUCAACUACUCCACCUGCAUGUGCCUGGUCAAGGGCGUCUUCUACCACUGCACCAACGAGGAUGAUGAGGGCACGUGUGCCGACCACCCCUGCUCCUGCUCCCAGUCCAACUGCUGUGCCCGCUGGUCCUUCAUGAGCGCCCUGUCCCUGGUGCUGCCCUGCCUGCUCUGCUACCUGCCCGCCACGGGCUGCGUCAAGCUGUCCCAGAGGUGCUACGACCAGGUGAGCCGGCCCGGAUGCAGGUGCAAAAACACAAACAGUGUCAUUUGCAAGGCGUUGCCCGAGAGCAAAGGGGCAGAAAAGCCCUUUUAA